GUAAACUGAAAAAAUGAUCUUAGAUUAAAGUAGUGAAGUGGAGCCUCAGGGAUCAAAAGCACUCUGUUCUCAGCGCGUUGGGGAUUAACUCCCGAUUUCAGUCGUCUACACAGACACCCACUCACAUCGCUCUCUGUCUGGUUGUGGUGGUCAUGCAAACCACCACUGUUAUUUUUUACUUUUGUUUUCUGGCAACCCACCAAACAGUUGUUGAUACCUCGCCUUAGGUCUGAGUGAAUCUGGAUAUUUUCUAUUCAUUCCUCCAUUGUAUGCCAAAGCCCUGCAACGUCCAUUUCACACCAGAUAUAUAUUAACCGAGUUAUCCAUUUCUUGAAUCUCGUUUAUUGGAUAAGAAGACAAGCUUAAGCCUGUAUUUUUGUGUUCGUUUUGUAGCAUUAUUAAACUCUUCUUACUUUGUCCUUUCAAACUCUAGUUUGUUCCGAAAUUCCAAUGACGAUGAAACCCAAGGUUUUUCUUGAAUAAAAGUGACGCCUUGUGGGGUUUAUUUGGUACCAAAAAUGGAGUUGAAACUAUUCGAUUUCAAGUCUGUUUCUGGGAUAACUCACAGUGGAAGACUGGACUCCAGCUACUUUUCAAGUUUCAGAUAUGGAGUUGGUGUUAGAUUUUCCUCCAAAUUGUGCUCUUGCAGAGGGGCUUUUCCGAGGGUUUUUGUUUCAAGUAUUUCGGAGAAUGCAUAUUUGACAAAGAAAGCUAUUGGUUCAAGUGACCCAGAAAAACUUAUAGGAGAAGAUUAUAUUUAUCGGAUUAACCGAGCAUAUGGCGCCAGUUCAAUUCUGUUUUCUGGGAACACAAGAGUACUUGAAGCUUUUGAUGAUGAAUAUGAAGGAGUUGUGGUCAAUCCAGAGGGGUUACCAACCAAUCCUGAUGCCUUCUCUUCUGUUCUUCGUUUCUCUCUUACCCACUGGAGAAGAAGGCAAAAGAAGGGAGUUUGGCUAAAGUUACCUCUGGAACGAUCAGAACUUGUUCCAAUUGCUGUAAAGGAAGGGUUUCAAUACCACCAUGCAGAGGCAGGAUAUGUGAUGUUAACCUACUGGAUUCCUGAGGGGCCUUGCAUGCUUCCUGCUAAUGCUACACAUCAAGUUGGGGUCGGGGGAUUCGUCAUCAACCACAACAAUGAGGUUCUUGUAGUACAAGAGAAAUACUGCUGGAAUCCAGCUUUCGCUAAUCUUUGGAAAUUACCAACUGGUUUCAUUUGUGAGUCUGAGGAGAUUUUCCAAGGAGUUGUGAGAGAAGUGAAGGAAGAAACCGGUAUUGAUACUGAGUUUGUUGAAGUUGUAGCCUUCCGGCAUGCCCAUCAUUUGGCUUUUGAGAAGUCAGAUUUGUUCUUCAUUUGCAUGCUAACUCCCCUAUCGGCUGAGAUCCAGGUCGAUGAUUUUGAAAUUCAGGCAGCCAAGUGGAUGCCAUUAGCGGAGUUUGUGGAGCAACCGCUCAUCCAAGAAGACUCCAUGUUCAAGAAAGUAAUUGACAUAAGCAUUGCGCGGCUGAAGAAGCGAUAUUGUGGACUGUUCCCUCAUCGACUGGUUUCAACAUUCGAUGGUCAGACAUCGUCCCUCUAUUAUAAUGACUUCAACACACAGGACCCAACCUGUGCAAGCAACUGAAGCCACUCAAGCAGUAAAUUGCUUCAUUUUUUAUUUUUCUCUAGUAAUCCAUCACUGAGAGGAAGUGCUACCAUUUUUUCUCCAUAAUUGAGCUGAUAUAUACAUACAUGGUAUAAAAUGGUAAAUACAAAUAAUCUUUUAUGUAAAUAUGUACGCUAAUACAGAGUAUGGUUGUGGUAUAUGAAUGAAUAUUGCAUGUUUCUUUCUUUUGCUACUCAUAAA